GGCAUCUUCACUUGUCCAGUACACAACACAUUUGGAAUUUCUGUGCUGAGCAGAUUUGCGUUUUCCUGACGAUUUCUGGCUGAAAUAGACCAGUUUUCGUUCUUGUUUGCACCGAAAUCGCUCAUUUUUGUCGCUUUUGUGUGCCAAGAGCUACGAGUACUUAAAUUUAUUUAAGGGUUGUAUUCUAAUAUUUAAGCCCUGCUUUGUUCCCUCGGCUUGAAAGGCUAAAUACUGCUAAUUUUCGUUUGCAGUUUUUCACACUGCCUUUUCAAUUGUCUUCUGCCAAAGACCCUAUUGACAACUUUUGCAAAUUUGUUGUAAGCAAAUUCUAGCUAACGGUUCUGUUAGUGACUGUUCCUAUUGUAUCUUUAAUUGAGUAAGACACACGUCUUGUCUCAUUGUUUACUGUCACUCGUUCAAUCUCGUUGGUUUCUUUCUGUCGUCUUCGUACGUCUUAUUUCUUUUCUUUUUGUUUCUGCUUUAGUAUUCUAAAGUCUAAUCCGUGGUUUCUUUACGUGUUUUCGAAACGUCAACAGCUCAUCAACUAUGGCUAUCUCUAGAAAACUUAAAAUUUCGCUUCUUCUUGCGAUUGACACUGUCUUUUUCUUCAUUGAGUUGAUUUCGGGUUACAUGAUCGAUUCCCUGGCAUUGAUCGCUGACUCGUUCCACAUGCUCAAUGAUAUCGUCAGUCUUAUCAUUGCCUUGUGGGCUACUAGUCUUGCUCAAAGACGUGACCACAAGCCCAAAUACACUUACGGUUGGCAACGCGCCGAAAUCUUGGGUGCGCUGGUGAACGGUGUCUUCUUGGUUGCUCUGUGUUUGUCCAUCUUCUUGGAGGCCAUUCAACGUUUCAUUACUCCCCCAGAGGUUACAAACCCCAUGCUUAUGCUUACGGUUGGUAUCCUGGGAUUCAUUAGCAACAUUGUUGGUAUUGUUCUUUUCCACGACCAUGCGGUCGGCCAUCAUGAUCAUGCCGACUCCUCGUUUCCCGAAGACGAUAUUGAGUCCGUGCUCCCUGCCACCGUUGUUAACCGCUGCCGCCGUUUGAGUGUCACUAGUGCUGACCUUGAGGGCGCCAAUUUGUCUUCCGACCAACCUUCCGAAAGCUCUCCCCUGCUUAGUUAUGUCAGCAACGAUCACUCUUCUCACAAGCAUACCCAUUACCAAGGAACCAGUCAGGAGCCCACUUCAAGUAUCUCUUCUGAGACUUCAAGCACUAAGAAGAAGCAUAACCACAACCUGAACAUGAGAGGUGUCUUCCUCCAUGUCAUGGGUGAUGCGUUGGGCAACUUUGGUGUUAUUUCUGCUGCUAUUGUUAUUCGUUACACCAACUGGUCUUGGCGCUACUACUUUGAUCCCAUGGUCAGUAUUGUCCUUACGGGUAUUAUCCUUGCCUCUGCCAUCCCCCUGUGUAAAUCUGCUGCUCUGAUUCUCUUGCAAGUUGCACCUCACAGUAUCCGUAUUGAAGAUCUUCACAGACAGAUCACUGCUCUCCCUGGUGUUGAGUCGUUGCACGAGCUUCAUAUUUGGCAGUUGUCGGACGUGAAGUUGAUUGCGACCUUGCACGUCUGCGUGAAUUUGUCCGAAGACAAUGGUGAAGCCUACAUGAAGCUGACCACUGACAUUCGCAAUGUUUUGCACAUGUAUGGUAUUCACGAUUGCACUAUUCAACCCGAGUUUACGAAUGUUGCUAGUCGCAAGCCUUCCUUAAACAAGGUUCCUGCUGACGAAGCUUGUCUUGUAACACAGUUCAGUGACUGUCGUGGCGAAGAAUGCAUCGACCACCAGUAAGCCUUCCGUAUUGCUGAUUUGGGACAAGCUGCGUGUGUGCAUGUGUCUGUAUUACUGUAGCCUUUGGAGCUCUCGUUUCCGUUAAACGGUUUGAGUGUCACCAGGGCAAGUUUGGUUGUCCGCUGGAUCGGCAUUCGCUUGACACAUCACGUUUAGGUCGUUCUUGUUGACUGGCUUUGUUACAAUUUCAAUCGUAUGCGAGUAGCUUCGUAACGUUUAAGAGUGAGAAAGCAUUGUUUGCGUUUGGUAGGAUAUCUCGCAUUCGGGACUGCUGAGCAGUGCAAUUGCGAGUGGCGCUCGUAUUCCCUGGUCGCUCUUUAUAUUUCUAAUCAGCGUUUCGUCCUAUGAUUCUCUUCUUACAUUCGGUGAUAUAGGUUUAGUUUAAUAAGACUAACUGAAUCGUGUUUGUGCAAAUGCCGUAGGGUACAUGACGGGCUUUAAAUUUGGUUUUAUU